CAAUCUUGGUUAUUGCACCCAAGAUUCAAAUAGACCUUGUAAAGAAAUACUACCCUUGUGCUCAAUAGGUUUAGGCACCUGGUUUAAUCCAUAUAUUUUAUUUUUGAAGGCAGUUUUUGUAAUAAGAAAGUCCCAUUACUUAUCCAGGUAUAUAUUCAAAGACAUUCCUUGAUUUGGGGACAGUUCAUAACCCAGAAAUAACAGGAUGGCUGGUAGGCUUGAAGAGAUGGAGUCCCUGUUGAAGCCCACUCAGUGCCCAAAGGUCCUCAUUGAAGCAGUUUGGAGAAAACAAACUAAUGGCCAAUUUGGAACAGCAUUCAAAGGAGAAAACUCUGGAUUUGUCUCAGGGAAAGGGCGUAAAUUUUGUUCAACGGGAGUGAGAAGGCCCUUUUUCACUGCAUACAGUGUUGCAUUCUAUGUUCUCCCCAGUGGAUGAAGCAGUUCAGAGGGUUGCCAGCUGCUGCCCCAGUCCAAUAAUUUUGGCCUCCUACCAAAACUUUGGCCGAAAAUUCUUCCUCUUCUACGCUAGCAGGGAAGGCUAAGAUGAAGGCAGCCCAGCUGAUCCUACCGCGCCCUUCCUGGGCUGAAGGGCAGGAGUGUGGCCCGCUCUCCUUCCCCCACAUUCAGCUUGCCCGCCGUUUCCUUUGGUUUAUUCCCAGCCUGGACGGACGGACGGCUGCCCCGAUGCGCUGCAAGCAGUGGCUGCGGACGACCAGUAUAGGAGGGACGGCGGCUGGGCGCCCGAGACUCGUGAAAGGGGUCCGGGUGGAGAGGAGGAAGCCGAAGCGCAGCUCGGGAGGAUGCCGACCGAUUCCGGAAGGCGAACUGAGGGAGCGGGGAGCGGCGGCUGCCGGGCUGGGUUGGGCGCCUGGCCGCCGUGCUCCGAGAUUUCCGUCAGGAGGGCAGCCCCCGCCUCCUCCCUGACGCGGGGCUGCGAGGGAUGCCCUCACCAUGGAGCGCGGCGGACUCGCGCUGCCCGUCUCUGCCUGGCGGCGGGGAAGGACGCGGCCCCCUCGCCGCAGGGAAGCAGCACUGCGGGGACCGGCGGGGCUCGCCCGAGAGCCGCUGCCUGCGCCCUGAGUCGGGCAGCGCGUAGCCUCCGCCGACGGAGAGGAGGGAAUGGCGAGUCUCAAUCGCCGCCGCUGCCGCCGCCGCCGCCGCUGCCUCCCAAGGCCGACGGCCGAUGUUCCCGCUCUGGGCUGAGCUGCCGGCUUCGGUCCGGUCGGCUGGGCUCGGCGUUCCGCAGAGCUCGAGAGCUGCGAGGGAGGCUUGGUGUGGCCCCGCCGGCUUCUUCGGUCGGGGCGAGGGCGGCGAGGCGGCAGCGCGGCAGAGGGAUGGGCUGCGCCCCCAGCAUCCACGUCUCGCAGAGCGGCAUGAUCUACUGCCGAGACUCGGACGAGUCCAGUUCGCCGCGUCAGACCACCACCGUCUCGCAGGGAACGGCCGCCACCUUGCACGGGCUCUUCAUCAAGACUGACGCGGCCGACUCUAUCCCUUCGGUGCUCGCCUACCAGAGUCGCCAGCUGCCGCCGCCGAACUGUCCGGCCUACCCGCGCAGGGAGGUGGGCAGUAGCGGAGGCCACCCCAGCUGUGGCGUCGAGGCGGAGACCCAGAUCAGCCAGAGUAGCGUCAAGCAGGCUUCAACUACUGAGACAGAAAUUGGACCUAUGAGAUUGACACAAGAUCCUAUUCAGGUAUUGCUAAUCUUUGCAAAAGAAGACAAACAGAGUGAUGGAUUCUGGUGGGCUUGUAAUAAAGCUGGGUAUAGGUGUAACAUUGCUCGGACACCAGAAUCAGCAUUUGAAUGCUUUCUUGAUAAACAUCAUGAAAUAAUUGUCAUAGAUUAUCGAAACUCCAGACACUUUGAUGCAGAAGCCAUCUGUAGGUCAAUUCGUGCUACAAAACCUGCUGAACAUACUGUGAUAAUAGCUGUUACCUUACAAAUAUCUGCAGGUCAGGAAGAAGCUUCUGUUCUCCCACUUCUCCGUUCAGGAUUUAAUAGGAGAUUUUUGGAGAAUAACAGCAUCAUUGCUUGUUACAAUGAACUGAUUCAAAUAGAACAUGGUGAGGUGCGAUCACAGUUCAAAUUACGGGCUUGUAAUUCGGUAUUCACUGCUCUAGAGCACUGUCAUGAAGCAAUAGAAAUAACUAGCGAAGAUCAUAUCAUUCAGUAUGUUAACCCAGCAUUUGAACAGAUGAUGGGCUAUCAGAAGGGAGAGUUAAUAGGGAAAGAACUUACAGAGCUUCCAAAAUGUGACAAAAACCAUGCGGAUCUGUUGGAUACAAUCAACACCUGCAUCAAAAGAGGAAACGAAUGGCAAGGUGUUUAUUAUGCACGAAGAAAAUCAGGCGAUAAUAUCCAACAGCAUGUUAAGAUAACUCCUGUGACAGGCCAAGGAGGAAAAAUUCGACAUUUUGUGUCUAUCAGAAAACUGUGUUGCAGCAAUGAUACCGGUAGCAACAAACAGACUUACAGGACACAUCAUGAUGAAAACUGUGCAGGAGACCAGUUUCAAUCAGACUCUCACUCCUUCAGAUGCAAGAACAGAAGGAAAGAAUCCAUUGAUGUUAAAUCAAUAACUUCUCAAAGUAGUGAUGCACCAAGUUUACAGAAUCAUCAAUAUUCAUCUAUAGCAAGAAUCCAUUCCAUGACAAUAGAAGCUCCAAUUACAAAGGUUAUUAAUAUAAUCAAUUCGGCUCAAGAGAAUAGUCCUGUGACUGUAGCAGAUGCUUUGGAUAGAGUGUUGGAAAUCUUACGAACAACAGAACUUUAUUCUCCGCAGCUAGGAACCAAAGAUGAUGACCCUCAUACUAGCAAUCUUGUUGGAGGUCUGAUGACUGAUGGCUUGAAAAAACUGUCAGGAAAUGAGUAUUUAUUUUCUAAAAAUAUGAAUCAGAGCCAAUCAGUGCCAAUCAUCAUCAGUGAUGCUCCGCCCUGCAUUGGACACUUAUUGGAUAAUGAAGAGAGCUGGGACUUCAACAUUUUUGAGCUGGAAGCUGUUACAAAUAAAAGACCAUUAGUUUACCUGGGGUUGAAAAUUUUUUCCCGUUUUGGCAUCUGUGAAUUCUUAAACUGUUCAGAAGCCACACUGCGCGCCUGGUUCCAAGUGAUUGAGGCAAACUAUCACUCUUCCAAUUCUUAUCAUAACUCCACUCAUGCAGCAGAUGUUUUGCAUGCUACAGCAUUUUUUCUGGGCAAAGAAAGAGUUAAGGGAAGCCUUGAUCAUUUAGACCAAGUAGCUGCAUUAAUAGCAGCAACAAUACAUGACGUAGAUCACCCAGGACGGACCAACUCUUUUUUGUGCAAUGAAGGCAGUGAAUUGGCUGUUCUCUACAAUGACACUGCUGUCUUAGAAAGCCAUCACACGGCUCUGGCCUUCCAGCUGACAACAAAAGACAACAAGUGCAACAUUUUUAAAAAUCUUAACAGAAAUCAUUAUCGAGCUCUUCGUCAAGCAAUUAUUGACAUGGUCCUGGCAACAGAAAUGACAAAGCACUUUGAGCAUGUGAACAAGUUUGUGAACAACAUCAUCAAGCCCAUGUCCUCAGAUGAAAGCAACUCCAAUAAUGAUAGUAGUGAUUGUGAAUACACAAACAGUCUCAAGAACUUUCCAGAUAACCAAACUCUGAUCAAGCGCAUGAUGAUAAAAUGUGCAGAUGUUGCAAAUCCAUGUCGUCCACUAGAAUUGUGUAUUGAAUGGGCUGGGAGAAUUUCUGAAGAAUAUUUUGCCCAGACUGAUGAAGAAAAGAAGCAGGGCCUACCCGUUGUGAUGCCCAUAUUUGAUCGAAAUACCUGCAGCAUCCCUAAGUCUCAGAUAUCCUUCAUUGAUUACUUUAUAAUGGACAUGUUUGAUGCUUGGGAUGCAUUUGCAUAUCUACCUGGUCUGAUGCAACAUCUAGCAAACAACUACAAACACUGGAAAAUAUUAGAUGAAUCAAAGUGUAGGAGCCUUCGUCUCCCUUCAGAGAAUAAUCUUGGAAGCUGAAGAGAACAAAAGAAAGAUCAUAGCCUACCAUGUACACUGUGAACCAUAUACUUGUAUGGACCCAAGAAGGGUACAAUUUCCUUCACAAUGAAGUAACCAACUGGGAAAUGCGGAGAAAAAUAUUGUUUCUCAAUUUUAAAGAGUUCAAAAUUCUAUAAAACUAUGGGCUUUUUUAAAUAAAGGAGAUAAUUUAGAGACAAGAACUGGUUUAUAAAAGCUAUCCUGUUUUUUGUGGAAUAAUAGAUCCUUUUAAGGGUAGUUUUAUAAUAUGGUUAUAAUUUGUCAAAUUAUAUUUAAUUUAUUAGCCAAAAUCAAUUAUAUACAUAAAAUAUCAAGCAAGAAAAAGUAGCUUCUUUGAAAAAAAAUAUAAACAAUAUUUAAU